AUGUACCGGACUUUGCUCCGGGGGGCCGUGAUAGCUCGAAAGGCUGAGUUCGAGUUGUCGGGAAUGCAGGCUCUCCGGAGGAAGCUCGAAUCCUCUGGCAAGGCAAACAAUGAUUUCAAGGUGCAAGUUGAGCUGCUCCAGAGCCAGUUGUCCGAGAUGGGGGAGAAGCUCAAGGCUUCUGAGGAAAAAAUGACAUCUGCCGAGGAGAAAUUGAAGGCUUCCGACGAGACGGUGGCCCGUUUAGCUGAGCGGGAGAUGACCCUGGAGAGCCAGCUGAACGCCGCUCAGGGUCGGGUGGUGGUCUUGGAGAAGGAGCGUGACCAAGCCGUGUCGUCGGCUAAAGCCGCUAAAGCCGAGGUCGAGGAGCUCAGGAAGAAGCUGAAAGCGACCAAAGAGCAAGGGAAGAACGCGAUCUCCAUGACUGAGGACGCUUUGAAGGCCCAGGUGAAGAUCGUGGCUCCCGACUUCGACACGUCAGCCAUUGGGGUCUUCAAGAUGAUCCAAGAUGGCAAAAUUGUUGACAUGCCUAGGAAAUGA